UGUGCACCAUCUUUUUACAAAAAUCGCUUAGGAUUUGGUUUCUUCAUCUCCUUUUCUAAAGACGAUCUCGAUGAUCCCUCACGUCAAUGGUGGGUCUCCGAUGGGCGAUUCAGUCUCAUUCGACCGUUCUAUGGACUUCGUAUCGCACCGAUUCUUCCAGAAGAUUCCGGAGUUUAUCGUUGCCGCCUAGAGACGGAUCCUAUCUUCCAGCUCACCAUGUCUACAGCUUAUGUCGAGUUGUCUGUAAUGGUUCGUCCAGUGGCUCCUUCAACUCCUGCGGUGAAGGCGUUCUCAAACCAUUCCUUAACACUCGCCUGGAAGCACCACACUGCUAGGGCUCAUCGCCCGAUCUCUCGUUACUCUGUGCUAGUUCGUUCGGUAGACGACGAUUCACGAUUUGUGAUUCCGGCGCCGUCGAACGCUACUACCGUCAUUAUCGAUAACCUCACACCGAACACACUCUACGUAUUCGCCGUUCGCGCUGAAAACGCUGCCGGACUCAGUCCUUUCGGACCAGAAACUCGUUUUCGGACUCUCGGCGAAGGUAACGCUUUACUAUCGUGCUCUGUUUUCUCACAAUUUACUACCUUAAAGGGUUCGUACGUUCUUCUUUCUUUUCCUUGUCUCGAAAUCAAGGCUUUCAUCAAGAAAAAAGAAAAGUGCGUUUAUUUGGAGGAGCUUAGUCCACUCGUUUAUGAUUCGACGACCUGUGACGACAUCCCUAUCGAACUUUUUUACGGGUACUGUGAAGAUUUGGCUCGCAAUGAAAACGCUAAAUUCAAACUUCAGUUUCAACCGGUUUCCUAUCAACUCGUCGAUUCCAACGGCCAGUCCACUUCCGUAGAUGAAAACUUUGUCGUAGUAUUCAUAGUCCUCUGUAGGUACUUGAACAUUGGUGCGAUAGAGUCGUCUCGAGUUCGCAUCAACACGUCGAGCCACGGAUCCGACUACAUCAAUGCCAACUAUAUAGAUUCGUGUGAAAAACGAAACGCCUACAUCGCCACACAAGCGCCGUUACCAUCAACGUUUGCCGACUUCUGGGAGAUGAUUUGGCAAGAGACGAGCAAUGUCAUUGUGGUCAUCACCAAUAUGAUCGAAGACGGACGGGUAAUGGCAUUUUUAAGAAGUGAUAAUCAGAGUUUAACUUCUUUUGAUGAACAGUUCCGGAAUUUGCGUAGGUUAAGAUUUCUCAUCACAACGUAUAUA